AAUUUCCUAUCAGCCUAUUCAGACAACAUCACCAACAGCUCGGGCUGCUGCGUGUGUGUGAGAGGCUUUGUGUGUAUGUAUGGGAGAGAGAGAGAGAGAGAGAGAGAGAGAGAGAGAGAGAGACCAACAGAGAGGAAGAGCAGGGAAGGGGGAGGCUCCAUAUUCUUUCACCCCCUCCUUUUCAAACCACAGGAAGGAGGGGCCAGAACCUAAGCUGCCAAUCAAAUCCGCUCAUGGCAGCCGGCAUUAUCUCAGCAACAAACUAUUGACAGAUUACAUGUCAAGGAGUUUAGUGCUUGAUUGAAGGAACCCUUCAUUUUUUUUUCAUCUAGUUACUUUUCCGCUUUAUGUCCCCCCUCCGCCAGCCACCACCUGAAUGACUGUCUAACAAGAGUUUGAGUAAUAUUAUGAAAGUUACAUGUCUGAGAGGAUUUAACUUCGACUUCCCUGAAUAUGCUGAGAGGAGUUUAUGCACUGACACGACCUCAGGAAAACCCAAGAUGGCCGCCAAAAGGAAAGGUGGCCUAAAACUCAACGCUAUCUGUGCCAAGCUCAGCCGCCAAGUGGUGUUUGACAGCAGCUCCCAGAACGCAGAGGGAGAUCAGAGCGUAGCAGAGAACAGCGAGCGUGGCAGCUCCUACUACGAUGACAACGAGACCAACUUCCCAGAAAGCCUAAGCCUCAGCCAGAGCCUCGAGGAGGACCAGAAGAGACGCGAGGCCAUAGAGAAAUGGGUGAACGGCGAGUACGGGGACGAGCCGGCGGCUCCCGACGAGGAGCAGGAGCACGAACUUCGAGUCAGCAAUGACGAAGACGGCCCUCCCGAUGGCGUCUACAUGGUACAGCCUAAAGGCUGCAGUGACGAAGAGGACAACGGCGAGGAGCCUGAGGCCACGGCGGGCUCCCAGGAUGGCAGUUACCACGAUGACAAAGAAACCGAAGAGAGGCCUCCAAACAACAAGAGCUACAUGCAGCCGAGCGAGGUCCAGAGUCGCCAAGCAAGUUUCGCAUCUCCAGGAGAAGCUUCAGCCCUGCGAGACUAUGCUGUCAACACCAUGAAUAAGUUUCUUGGAAUGUUUGGUUAUGAUGACCAUCAGGUAAGGGAUGAGGUGCCCAAGAAGAUCAGCUUUGACAGCCUCAAAGCUGCUACCUCAGAUCCCUCGUCCCUCAGCAAUGCGGAGGACUCGCGCAGCCCUCGCUUCUCCAAGUACGAAGAGUACAUCCGCAAGCUAAAAGCUGGUGAAACCCUCCCUUGGCCCAUGCACGCUUCCCCACCCAAACCGGAUGACCUCAACUCUAAACUGGCCCAAGACAAGAGCGCUGCAAUGAUUCAUAGUUCCGGGGGCCUACCGGGGGCUGAGGGGCAGAUCUACCCUUCCAGCCUGGACCACAAACAGUCGGUAGCACCUCCGUUGGUUAAUUCUCAGCCACCCAAUUCCUCCCAUGUGCAGAACAUGGCCUCCCGAGCCUCCAAAUAUGACUUUUUCAUUCAGAAGCUAAAGAUGGGCGAGAGCUUGCAGCAGCAGAACGGCAACGCUUACAAACGACCAUCCAAGUACGACUUGGAGAACGUCAAGUUUCUGCAUCUGUUCAAACCUGGAGAGGGCAACCCAGAUAUGGGUGGCGCUAUCGCCUUUAAGACUGGUAAAGUGGGUCGUCCUUCCAAGUAUGACAUCCGAACAAUUCAGAAGCUGAUACCAGGAAAUCCAGAAACCUCUCUGAUCCCUAACGUCUUGAGUACGGCACCAGGAAACCCUGGAGCUCCUGGGGUCCCCGCUGUGGGUGCACCUGGUGCGAGCAUUGCCCCAGGGCUCACCAUGGACCAGGCAGGACAGAUAAACUUCAACGCAGCUGAUUAUAUAAAGUCCAGCUUUUCGAAGACUGACUCGAUAACCACAGGAACCGUGUCCUCAGUGAAGAAUGGUCUGCCGCCUGAUAAACCCGUCAAUGAUGAUGUCAACCUCUACCAGAAAUAUAUAGCCAGGUUCUCUGGAAGUCAGCACUGUGGACACGUACACUGUGCCUACCAGUACAGGGAGCAUUACCACUGCAUGGACCCUGAGUGUAACUACCAGGUGAGCAGGUUUACCAGUAAGCAAGAUGUAAUCAGGCACUACAACAUGCACAAGAAGCGGGACAACUCCCUGCAGCAUGGCUUCAUGCGCUUCAGCCCUCUGGACGACUGCAGCGUCUACUACCAUGGCUGCCACCUCAACGGAAAAAGCACCCAUUACCACUGCAUGCAGGUGGGAUGCAGCAAGGUGUACACCAGCACCUCAGAUGUCAUGACCCAUGAAAACUUCCACAAGAAGAACGCCCAGCUGAUCAACGAUGGCUUCCAGAGAUUCCGCGCCACCGAGGACUGCGGCACGGUCGGGUGUCAGUUCUACGGCCAGAAGACCACGCACUUCCACUGCAGGCGCCUGGGGUGUACGUUCACUUUCAAGAACAAGUGUGACAUAGAGAAGCACAAGAGCUAUCACAUCAAGGAUGACGCUUACGCCAAGGAUGGCUUCAAGAAGUUCUACAAGUACGAGGAAUGCAAGUACGAGGGCUGCGUGUACAGCAAAGCAACCAACCACUUCCACUGCAUCCGCUCCGGCUGUGGCUUCACCUUCACCUCCACCAGCCAGAUGACCUCCCACAAACGCAAGCACGAGAGGCGGCACAUCCGCUCCUCUGGCGUCAUGGGCCUCUCCUCUACUUUCCUGGCCCCCAAGGACGAGCCGGAGGAGUCCAGCAACGACGACCUGAUGGACUUCUCGGCGAUCAGCAGCAAGAACUCCAGCCUGAGUGCCUCGCCCACGACCCAGCAGUCCACCACGGUGCCGCACUUGCUGAGCACGCCCACCUCCGCCACCUCCUCCUCGAUGUCGGGCCACACCCUCAAGACCACCCCAUCGCUGCCCAGUGUGGGCCAGCGCAUGUCAAGCCUGCUGACUCAGAAUCUGCCCAACAACGCAGUGGCACUCGCUCUUUCAAACAGCGCCAUGGCCUCCUCCAACCCAUUCUUCCCGCUGAUGCCGAGGAUGCCUCUCCAACCGCCCCCACCAGCUGCCAGCCUGAUCACGGCCGCGUCCUCCGGAGCCCACUCCAUGCCCACCGACUCUCUGACCCAGGGUAGCUCCUCCGUGGGGGGAGAUGCAGCCAUGGCGCCGACUCCAACUUCCUUCGCCAGCUCUUCCAUCAUGGAGAAGAUCUCAGCGAGCAAGGGUCUGAUAUCCCCCAUGAUGGCGAGAUUGGCGGCUGCUGCCUUGAAACCCUCAAACAACACAGACACAGGGAAUGGGCAGUCGGGCUCGGCAAGCCAGUUUAAUCUGGUUCGAGUAAAGCAGGAGCCUGUGGACGCCAACUCCGGCACUUCCCAAGAUUCCCAGCAGGAGCAGAGCCUGGACCUGAGCAAGAAAGACCAUAGUAAUGAAUCAAAUGGACACCCUGUACCGGGGAAUACAUCUCUUUUAUCCUCGCUUAUGAAUAAGAUGUCCCAGGUGAACCCUGCCCUCUUCAAUGCCAUGAACCUGAAAACGGAGCUGGAGGGAGGCCAGGUCCACGACGCCUCUGAGGCAGCUCAUUACAUGCACAGAGUGCUGAAGAGGCCAGAAACCACCAAUGAGAUCUGGAAGACAUACCUCCGGAGAUUUGACACAGAUGACUUCUGCGAGGCUCAGUGUGACUUUCUCCAGAAGGUGCACUUUCACUGCCUGGUAGAGGACUGCGGUGCACUCUUCAGCACCGUGGACGGGGCCAUAAAGCAUGCUAACUUCCACCUUCGAGCCACCUUGAAAAUAAAGCCCGAGUCUCCGUUCAGUGACGGCAAAGAGCCCGGUGAGGCGGCUCCAUCGCAGCCUGUCGCCCCCGUAUCUAUAGCCAGCAAUCCCUCCAUGGACGUGGCAAACCUCACAGCCUCCGGUGGCUACAGCUCUCCUCCUCCCUCCCUGCUGGCCUGGAAGCAGCUGACCGGAAGCAUCCCCCAGAUGCCGGCCUCGAUGCCCAACCUGCCCGCUAACUCUCCUCUGGCCACCACCUCCCUGGAGAAUGCCAAGCCGCAAGUCAAACCUGGUUUUCUGCAGUUUCAGGAAAAUGAUCCCUGUUUGGCUACUGACUGCAAAUACUCAAACAAGUUCCACUUCCACUGCUUGUUUGGGAACUGCAAGUAUGUGUGCAAGACCUCCGGAAAAGCCGAGUCCCACUGUUUGGACCACAUCAACCCGAACAACAACCUGGUCAACGUCCGGGACCAGUUCUCCUACUACUCCCUGCAGUGUCUCUGUCCCAACCAGCACUGCGAGUUCAGGAUGAGGGGCCACUAUCACUGUCUGAGGCCAGGCUGCUUCUUCGUCACCAACAUCACCACCAAGCUGCCGUGGCACGUCAAGAAGCACGAGAAGGCAGAGCGCCGCGCCGCCAACGGCUUCAAAUACUUCACCAAGAGGGAGGAGUGCGGGAGAUUGGGUUGCAAAUACAACCAGGUCAACAGCCACUUCCAUUGCAUCCGAGAGGGUUGCCAGUUCUCCUUCCUGCUCAAACACCAGAUGACCUCGCACGCACGCAAACACAUGAGAAGAAUGCUGGGAAAGAACUUUGACAGAGUCCCAUCCCAGGUGAUGCCGCUCGGCCACAGGGCGGACGAGAUGCAACAAGCAGCCGGUUUGGUGUCCGGGUCGGUGGCGUCUCAGCCCGGCAUGACCUCAGGCUUCUCCUCCUCCGUCAUGGAUGACACAGAUGACUACUUGGAGUACAUGGGAGGCGGUGGAGGAGGAGGAGGGGGAGGCAGCCCCCUGGGCCUCUCCUCCGAGUCCUCCAACCAGGACCGGAGCUGCACCAGCACCCCUGUGGGCAACGACAGCUCCCCAGCAGGACAAGGCUACCCCACCACCUCUUCUGCUCCCACCACCCCUGCUGACACUAGUGCCACCCAAAACGCACCUCCUUCCUCCACUCCUCCACCGCCUCCUCCUCCUCCACCACCUCUUCCUCCCUCUGCUCCUCAGCCUGGCCUCCAGUCCCAGGCCCCGUCUCUCCCUCCCGCUCUCCUCCGACCUCCUCUGCCCUCGCUCCCAUACCUCCUCUCUCCAUCCUGUCUGUCAUACUCUCUGCUCAGCGCCUCUCUGGGAGCCACUCGGAGUGUUGUCAUGCCAACCAACACACCAGCUUUCAGCCCCAUCAUUGCCACUCCGUCUCCGGUUAAAAAUGACGUCCCUAUAGUGCAGGAUGCUGCAGGCAACACCAUCUCCAUUCCCAUGGCAACCGGCGCCAAGAAGCGCUUCUGGACCAUCGAGGACAUGUCUCCGUUCGGCAAGCGGCGCAAGACCCCGUCGUCCCGGAAGAUGCUGGACGAGGGGAUGAUGCUGGAGGGGUUCCGCCGCUACGACCUGUACGAGAACUGCAAGGACUCCAGCUGCCAGUUUUCCUUAAAGGUGACCCACUACCACUGCACGCGCGAGAACUGCGGCUACAAGUUCUGCGGCCGCACCCACAUGUACAAGCACGCGCAGCACCACGACCGCGUGGACAACCUGGUGCUGGACGACUUUAAGCGCUUCAAGUCCUCGCUGAGCUGCAACUUCCCAGACUGCCAGUUCUCGGGCAACAGCACCCACUUCCACUGCCUGCGCUGCGGCUUCCGCUGCACCGACAGCACCAAGGUGACGGCCCACCGCAAGCACCACGGCAAGCAAGACGUGAUCAGCGCCGCCGGCUUCUGCCAGUUCAGCUCCAGCGCCGACUGUGAAGUUCCCGACUGCAAAUAUAAGCUCAAGUGCUCGCACUUCCACUGCACCUUCCCCGAGUGCAAGCACACGGUGGUGGGGAUGUCUCAGAUGGACUCCCACAAGAGGAAGCACGAGAAGCAGGAGCGAGGCGACGUGCAGUCCGUGUCGCCCAAACAGGAAGGGAUUCACCACCUCGUCAGUAGCGUGGCGGCGGUCACUCCCUCCUCCUUGGGCAUCUCCACUUCCUCACCCGCCGGCCUCCAUGGGUUGUCCCACAACAUCAACAGCAGCGUCCCCUCCAUGAUCUACCACUCUGGGGGCCUCGCCUCCGACUACAACCACUCAUACCCGCCUUCCUCCAUCAGCCUAGACAGCUCCCUCAACCUGAGCACCAACACCAGCAGCUCCCUGUUCUUCCUGAAGAACGCCGCCGGCCUGGGCCUCAGCGACUCGCUGGACCUCAGCAAGAAGAUGCACCACGACGCGGCGCAACCGGCGCUCACCGCCAAAUCCCAGAUGGACGACACGGGAACGUCCGGGGAGGCUGAGGACGACUUGUCUCCGGAAGAGGAGGCGCACGCCGAGGAGGACGAUGAGGACGAGGAGGAGGACGAGGAGGAAGAGGACGAGCUCAACACCGACUCGAAUGACGAUUCAGCACAGGAGCCCGACGGCGAAAAGGACAAUGAAGAGAGUUUUGAUGCUUCCGUUAACCACACCGAUACUUCCCAGUUAGAAAAGCAAGACGCUGACCCAUAAAAACAAACAAUCCCACCCACAGGGGACUGCAGGAACUGCAGACACGUUCUGUGUACCACGAAUAAACAGAAAGUGGCCUCAUUCAUCACUCUCCAAAACAACAGCGGCGGCGGCGCCGCCAUGACAAAAAGGCGACCGGCCCAACGAAACGAUUCAUCGGGAUGUUUACAAAACGACCAACAUUCUAAAGUCAAUUAUGCAUUAAAGAAAAAAGAGACAGAUCUACACGGAGUUUGGGCAGCCGUGUAAAGCAUUUUACUACACAUCAGUCUUUUCUGUGUGCGUGCAUGUUUGAUUUUAAUUUAUUUUUAUUUCAUUCACAUUUUUUGUGUGUGGAAAAAAAAAAACACUUUAGAAAAACAAAAACAAAUCUCUCUAUAUAACUAUAUGUAGGUGUGUGCGUGCGUGUGUGAAUGAAUGAUGAUUAUUGAGAAAAAGGAAAAUUUCUGGUGACAUGAACUGCAAAGAAAAAGGGACAUGAAUCACUAAGAGGAUGUAUUUCAAACAUUUGAUCUUUAUUUCUGUAAUAUUAUUAUUAUUAAUUAUUAUUAUUACUAUUAUUAGACACUGAGAGAAAGGGCUACUCAUUCCCUUCUCUUCUGUAUAUGUGGUUCUCACAUGGAGUUGACCAACAAUGUGGUCUCUCUCAGCCUCGACAGUUCUCUCUCUCCCUGAAAUCUGCUAAUAACCCAGUGCAAGCGUACUUUUUAACCCCUCCCCCCCGCCCGCCCUGUGGAGGAAUCAAGUUUGUGCGUGAAUAGUGCACUUUUAUAUUAGCUGACCAUGAUGAAAACGGUGAUAUUUAACAAUGUUUUUGUUAACAUUUGCAUCUUUU